UCAAACAACCGCGUAAAGUUUCAUUUUCUAGAGUUUACAAACUUCAAGUCUUUUCAAUUGGUUUUCUUUUGAAGUUUUGGGAAAUUUUCUUUAACUUGUUUCCGAUCUCAUCUCAGUGAACAAUGGCUAGUCUUUACAUAGGACCAUCGAGGAAAGACAAGCCUAAGGGAAGACACCAUGGAUUAAGCCAACAGAAGAGGCAGGAGAUUAAGGAAGCUUUUGAACUUUUUGACACUGAUGGAUCAGGUACCAUUGAUGCCAAAGAGCUGAAUGUUGCCAUGAGGGCUCUCGGUUUUGAAAUGACAGAAGAGCAAAUCAACCAAAUGAUUGAGGAUGUUGACAAAGAUGGCAGUGGUGCCAUUGAUUUUGAUGAAUUUGUUCACAUGAUGACUGCCAAGAUUGGCGAGAGGGAUACUACAGAAGAGCUUAUGAAAGCAUUUCGAGUCAUUGAUCAUGAUAACAAUGGAAAGAUAUCUGCGGAAGAUGUUAAACGCAUUGCUAAGGAGCUUGGUGAACACUUCUCUGAUAAGGAUAUUAAAGACAUGAUCGAAGAAGCAGACCGAGAUCAUGAUGGGGAGGUAGGUAUUGAAGAGUUCAUGAGGAUGAUGAAGAGAACUUCUUAUGGUGGGUAUUAGAGGUCCGACUUACGGCUGGAGGGAUAGUUUGAUAGCAGCAGCUAUAGCAUAGUUGUAUAAAUAAAC